AUGGAAAACUCCCAAGACAUUGAUCCUAGCGUCCUUGCCGAAUUACCAAAGGGCUGCCGAGUGACAUCGGUCGAAAGCCAUGGCAUCAGUUUCUGGGCUAACACCAACCGUGUCGAUGUCGAGUUAGCCGACGGAACCUCUUUAUCGUUCUUCAUCAAGGUGUUGACUGGCGAAACUGGCAAGAACAUGGUUCAUGGCGAGUAUGAGUCCAUGAAAGCCAUCUACGCCGUCUCCCCGGAUUUCGCUCCAAAGCCGAUUGCAUGUGGCACAUUCAUAAACACGCCGGAUACACACUUCUUCCUUUGUGAGUAUCGCGAGAUGACGAACGAGAUGCCAGACCCGUAUAGGUUCGCCGCGCGGCUGGCAGCUCUGCAUCAGGGCAGCGUCUCCCCAACCGGCAGAUUUGGCUUUCAUGUUACGACAUACGGUGGCAAUCUUCCUCGGACCAACGGGUGGGAGGACAGCUGGGAGGUAUUCUUUAGGAAGAAUAUGAGAUGGGCGCUUGAUUGCGAAAUUGCAGCUAAGGGAUAUGAUGCUGAAUUCGAUGAACUUGUUCCGGUCCUAUUCGACAAGGUCAUUCCUCGUCUGUUGAGGCCUCUUGAAACUGAAGGCCGAUCCGUGAAGCCUUCACUUGUCCAUGGAGAUCUUUGGUAUGCAAACUCUGGUAUCGACCUGGAAACCAACAAGUCCUUGGUCUUCGAUGCAUGUUGCUUUUAUGCCCACAACGAAUACGAAUUCGGUCAGUGGCGACCGGUCUGUAAUCGUUUCGGGCCCGAGUAUCUGGCCGCGUAUCACUCAUAUGUUCCAAUCUCGGCACCGGAAGAGGACUAUGAUGGCCGUCUUGACCUAUAUAAACUGUGA